AUGUCCAGCUUACGCCAUGGUCUGCAGCAGACUCUCUGCUUGCGCCAACUGGCAAAGGGCCAGUUAAUGAAGCCUCAAUGGCAACGGUUGAGCCUGCAGUCCAGCUUUUCGAGCAUUUCGACCACGAGCCAUCCUGAAGCUCAACAGAACGAACCCGAAGUCGACACGAACCUGACGUUGCCUCCCCAAAGUCCCUUCUUUGGCAUUGAUAAGGCCCGCCCGCUCCCCGUCUCGCCGUCCUACUUCUCCAGAGAACCUCGCUUCAACGACGCCUACAUCCGACUAUCUACUCUUGUGCAGAGAUACCAGCACCUUCCUCUGGCGCCCCCGGAACUGGUCUCGCGACAAAUAUGGAGGAAUUUGAAGGGCUACCGACAGAUUACCGGAGAACCAGUCAAGGCGAUGCCGUUCAGCCAGGUUCUGAGCAUGGUCAAGCGGUUGCAUCAGAUCCACCCUGGGCUGAUGCCCAGCGAAGUCAAGGAAGCCCUACAAGAAUUUAAACGCGACAUCGACCCGUACAAGAACACUGCCAGGGUCGUGCCUCUCGACAGAUUUGGACGCGCUCUGGGUGUCGGCCGCAGGAAGACUUCGAGCGCCCGCGCUUGGGUUGUGGAGGGUACUGGAGAGAUGCUGGUCAACGGUAAACCCCUGAACGAGGCAUUCGGCAGGAUUCACGACCGUGAGAGCGUCAUCUGGGCGCUCCGAAGCACCGGAAGAACAGACAAAUACAAUGUAUGGGCACUUGUCGAAGGCGGUGGAGUGACUGGACAGGCCGAGGCUCUCACAUUGGCGAUUGCCAAGGCCGUCAUGGUCCACGAGCCAGCUCUGAAGCCAAUACUAAGAAAGGCUGGCUGCAUUACGCGUGACCCGAGACAAGUUGAAAGAAAGAAGCAUGGCCAUGUCAAGGCCAGAAAGAUGCCCGCCUGGGUCAAGAGAUAG